UAUAGUACAUAACACAUAAAUAUAUAUAAUAAUUCGUGAUAAAGCCCUGGAGAAACCGAACUCUCCGCCUUAUCGGUAACCCCACUGCCACUGUUUCAGCGACUAUGUUUAAGCGGGGAUCGGAAUCAGAAUCAGAAGAACUGCCCUGGGACACAGAUACUAAUACCAAUACCGAUACCGAGAUCAAGAUCGAGGUGCAUAUGCAAACGCAUUAAAAGAUGAUAGCUAAGCCCAAUCAGUCCGCCACCGAACCACCAUUGAGUUUUCGCCCCGGAACAGUGCCAACGAUUGCAGCAACCACCCCAGCGAAUCCAGCGAGUAUCCAGCCAAGGAAUCCAGCCCCAAAACCGGAGACCCCCCGCACUCCGCCCUCGCCAUCGCCAACCCCCAAAACGCAAAUAACACAAAGCCAGCCAGCUAUUACUCAUCCAGCUGUGGCUCUGGCUUCGCCUUCCGCGCCUGUUGCUGCAGCUGCACCGAAGACCCCGAACACCCCACGCCUUGUAACCCCCACCACCACCCCCACAGCCGAACCCCAAGCUCCAGUCCAAUACCAAGCCAAUAUGGACAUGGACGGCGAAAGAUCUCCGAGCCACAGCGGCCAUGAAAUGACACUGAGCAUGAACGGCAUCGAUUCCAGCCUGGUGUUCGGAUCUGCACGGGUUCCUGUCAACUCCAGCACCCCGUAUUCGGAUGCAACUCGAACCAAGAAACAUUCUCCCGGCCAUAUUAAGCGACCUAUGAACGCCUUCAUGGUGUGGAGCCAGAUGGAACGGCGGAAGAUCUGCGAGCGGACGCCGGACCUGCACAACGCCGAGAUCUCCAAGGAGCUGGGCCGGCGAUGGCAGGUCCUCAGCAAGGACGACAAGCAGCCGUACAUCAUCGAGGCCGAGAAGCUCAGGAAGAUGCACAUGAUCGAGUAUCCCAACUACAAGUACAGGCCCCAGAAGAAGCAGACGCGAUCCCCGGGAUCCGUGAAGCAGAAUCAGGACGCAGACAACAGCUGCGAAGCUAAAAAUGACACGCCCAACAACAACACACUGUCCACUCUUGCAAUUAAUGGAACCACCACCACUGCCGGUCGGAAAAGCAAAAGAUCUACCUCUACAUGUCAAGCGGGUUCCGCAUCGAAACGAUUAAGGAACGACUCGGGUGAUACCGCCUCCAGGCCCAAAUUCGAGGUCAAGGGGGAGUCUGCAGAGCAGCACAACACCGUGGAUAUUAUACUACCCUCAGCCGAUAAUCUAUUAAGGUACCAAUCAUCUGAAUACUUACCUCUAAGCACGAAUAGCAAUGCCGAUUGCGACGAAAAGCUACACUCAGACCUCAGCUCGGGUCCCCUGGAGUCGCGGGAGAAUCUGUCGGAUGUGGUCCACCGAUUCCUGCCCCUCUUCUUCACCAGCAACGAGGACUCGCAGCUGGAGGUGAACUCCUCGUCGCACAGCCACCACAACCAGUCGGCGGAUCCCACCGCAGGCUUGAUAGACAACAUCUCCGACAUCAGCCCCAUCAACGAUCGCGAGGACAUGUCCGAGGAGGUGAUGCGCUAUCUGCCCUACCUGGAGGUGACUCCCUCGAGCGAUGGGGUCGGGGUCCUCAAGGUGGAGUCCAGCCUGCUGGACAGCGCCCUCAACGAGCCCGUCUUCGACUCCGAGGACAACAUUGUGAACGAUGCCAACUUGCACUCGGCCAGCCAUCAAAUACCUCCAUAUGUGCCUGACAGCCACGACUGCUUUGCGGACGACUGCGGCGGCGAUAGCUCCUCGCACCAGGUGGAGUUCGAGGUGGUGCGGCCCCAGACGGUGACCAUGACGAUGACCUGCACCCUGCCCUACGGCGGACCGGACGGUGGGCACACAUUCCAGAACGACGACUUCAACCCGAUACCGUCGGCCGCCGAGGACAGCGACUGCAGCAUACUGACCACCUCCAACUCGCCGCAGAUCGGCUUCAACGGGAGCAGCUUCGUGGAGGCGGACGCCAUCGGGAGCACUUGUACAUACGCGCAACAAGACUACACCGGAAAUGUAAUUGAAACACACAAUGAUCUCAACUACGCCGCACAGGAUAACAACGGAGCUCUGCUGGCCUACACAUUUGAGGACCUGCCUCCUCAGCCAACCGGUAGUCAUUUAGAAUUUAACACUAACAAGUACGAGUUUGCAAGUUAUUAUAAAAUGUGAGAGAUAUUGUAAGUUUUGUGUAAUUUAUAACUAAUCUAAUUGUACGUUUAUAAUUUUACACCAAAUUAUAUAUAUAUAUAUGUAUACAGAUAAAUACUAUAUAUUCCAUAAAUUCUAUAUAUACAAAACAACAAAAAAAAGCGAGAAUAAAAUGCUUUGCAUUGAAAACAUUUA